AUGUUUCUAGCUACAUUUGUGAUCGCUUAUUUACUUUCCUUGGUCACUACGAAUGAUAUUCCUGCCACUGAAUUGGAUCUUGAAGAGCUAAAGCAAGUCCAAUAUGGGUUGGAAAUUCAGACUACCCCAGUGGUUGAAAAUUUACUAGUAGCUGUUAUUAGCCUGCAGAGUAUAUACGUAAUAUUAGCUUUAAACUUUGAAAUGGAGGAAAAGGACAAUAACGAUGACAAUCCUGCCUUCACAAUAAAAUCGAAAUAUGGCCAAUUAUAUUAUUGUACUAUUCCAAAGUGGAAAGAGGAAAUUCAAACUCAAAAGGCUACUUCCAAUACGACUAAUAUUACCGAGCUACUUCGUCCAUUAGAGAAUACAUGUAUGACAAAGAGUAAAGGAUGGUGGACGUAUAAAUUUUGCUAUAAUGAUAGGAUAGAACAGUACCAUAUUCAAGAUGAUGAAAUUACGGGCGAUAUUAUCAGUCUUGGAUCGUUUGAAUCGGAGAAAGAUUGGAGUAAAGAAGAUGAGACAUUACAUGAACUACAACGGUAUCACUCACAAAUGUAUACCAAUGGAAGCGUUUGCGAUUCUACAAAUAAAGCCAGACAGACUCAGAUUAAACUAUAUUGUGAAGAAGAUAGCGAAAAUUAUAUUGGCCGUAUUUCUGAACCAACUGAAUGUGUUUAUGUUAUCAAUAUAUUUACUCCUCUACUGUGUCAGCACCCAUCACUUAGACCUAAAGCCGCGGUAAAACCUCGACCUAUCAGUUGUUCACCUGUUUUAAAUGCUGUGGAAUAUAGCAAUUAUCAGCAGAUGAUAAAAGAAACAGUACCUAGUAAGAAUAAUGAUAUGGCAAACAAUAAUAAACAUCUUAAUAGUGUUCAACAAUAUAAGCAAAUUGUGAAAGAUAUCGUUGCAGCGAAAGCUAAAACUAAUGACGCAGCCAAUAGGAGCGGUAUCAAAAAAGGAACAUUUAAACAAUGUACUGCUCGGGAAAGACCGAAUGAAGGUAAUAGCGUUCAGCGUUACUGGCAGAUUGUAAAUGACAUCGUUAAUUCUGGAAAGAGCACACAAACAAUCACGACUGAAGACAAACUCAGUUAUCGACUUGCAAACGGUAACAAACCAUCGGCAACUUCGAAAUCUUCAACAAUAAUUAAACAACUUGGUGAGGAAAAAUGGAGUGAUAAACAUGACAAUCUCAUCCAGAAUGCCGCUUUGGAUCGCAGCUCGAAAUUGAUUUCCAAAAAGAGUGGUUCUGAUCGAUAUCUAGAACUUUAUAUGAAAAUGAUAUACAUUGAAGAGUUGAAGUACUUAUUACGAAAGUAUCGAACUAUAUUAAUGAAAUAUCAUGAAGCUGAAAAAAUAGAUGAAAUAACUCCAACUGAGACCAAAAAAGAUGUAUUGGAGUCUAAUGAUGAGCAUCAACAGGAUGGUGCCAAUAAAAACAUAGAUUUAAAACGUUCUAAGUUGUCGAGCAACUUUCAGUUAAACGCGAUCGAUAGAAUGACCCAUAUCUUAAAAGUAAUAUCUUCAAAAUUGAAAUUGAAACUAUCACGAAUUAUCGAAGCACCUAAAAAGAAUACUGUACCUGAUCAGCAAGAUGAGAUUGAUCGAAAUGCAAAUGAAGAAAGCAUUGGUACUUCAUCAAAAACUGAUAAAAGAUCCAACGAAAUUGUCAAAUUUGUAAAAAGUGUAUUGAAAGGCAUGAAAAUAAACCCUGCUGACGUGGAAGUGCGAAUAAUUACCGUCAAUAAUGAUGACAUGGGGGAUGAUAAAACGCUAACAAACAAAGAAAAACAAAAUUUGGAAAAUGCCAUAAAGACUUUAUUUGGCAGUAAGGAGCAACUCCAACAAGAAGAAAUUCGCCAGCGUAAACUACAAGAAGGGUAUAACUUUAAAUGGCCAAUUAACAAGGAAGCACAUUAA